AUGUCGAGGAGAAGAAGUCAGCCAGCAAGUCUGCCACCAGAAAUCGGAACGGGGGACUUCGUGCCUCAGGCCACAAGCAGCCGGGGCCGGAAAUUUACCUUCACCCUCGCGCUGCUGCAUCCAGAGGAGCAUGCCUUCCGAGAUGCCACCACCCAGAUCCUCCACUGGCGCGUGACGGCCGGCCAACGUCGACCAGAUGGCGUCUUGAAACGCGUCUAUCUGAUCAACGAUGCCUUCCCAGGCCCGACUAUUGAAGCUCGCUCUGGCGAUCGCUUGAUCAUCCACGUCGAAAAUGCACUCGACGAUGAUGAAGGACUUUCCAUCCACGCCCACGGCCUGUCAAUGCGCGGCACGAAUGAUAUGGACGGCGCUGUCGGCAUAACGCAAGAUUCCAUUCUCGCAGGAAGCACCUUUACUUAUAACUUCGCCAUUGACUCUAACCAGCAUGGCACCUUCUGGUACCAUAGCCAUUUCGCUGAGCAACGUGCCGAUGGAUUCUACGGGGGUCUGAUUGUGCAUCAGCCUCGAAGUGAAGCGCCAUCCACAGACUUAGCUUUGGAACACCUUCUCUUGGUCGGCGACUGGUAUCACCGCACGGCUGUAGAGGCUCUUGUACAUUACAUGCAUCCUGGUGCGUUUGGGCUGGAGACUGUCCCAGAUUCCAUCCUGGUCAACGGCCGGGGCGCAUAUCGAUGCUCUGAUGCUGUCCCGGCCCGCCCUGUGGAUUGCCAGACUGUCGACACCAUGUCCAUACGAGCUUUGGACCUUGAUACGGCGAGGAAGACUGUGCUUCGAGUUGUCAACGUUGGCGCUUAUGCUGGGUUUGAGAUUUCAGUCCUUGGUGCCGUGCUUACUCCGCUGACAGUAGACGGAGGACACGACGUGAAGGGUUCCGCUGCGAAGAAAGUGGGCUUCCUGCAUCCCGGCGAACGAAUGAGUCUCCUCGUGGAGCAAAAUUCUGUUGCUAUACAUCACGAGGCGACCCUUGUGGUCACACUUGAUGAGGAUCCUUUCAAGUACGAGAACUCGGCUCUCACACCAUCUCAUUCAUUCCCGGUACAAUGGCACGGAGACGUAAUUCAUCAGCCAGAAACAGAGAGAGCUGUGUACGAACUAUUCGACAUUCAAGAUGUCACUGCAGCCCACGACCAGAGCGAGAAGCUACCUUCUACGGCUGACCAAACCAUUAUUUUGUACACCACAACUCAAAAGCUGGCACACCUUGAUAAUGAACCGCACGGAUUCAUCAACAACACCUUGUGGACGCCCCAGUCUCCUCCUCUCAUUGGUCUACCUCGCGACGAGUGGAACAAACACCAGCUGGUGCCAGAAAUCACAUACAACGAAGCCUCCCCACUCUGGGUGGACAUCGUGCUCAACAACCUAGAUGAAGACUGGCAUCCUUUUCACUUACACGGAAAUGAUUUCUGGGUGCUCUCGAAGUACUCUUCGCCAUUGAAUUGGGGAUCCUACAACCCUUACGAAGAUGCGUCACCACCAGGUGGGAGGUACGACCUCGUCGGCGCUAUGAAAAGGGAUACAUUCUACGUACCCAGAAGAGGCUACGCAGUACUUCGAUUCCGUGCAGAUAAUCCUGGACUCUGGAUGAUGCAUUGUCACGUGCUUUGGCACCAAGCAAGUGGAAUGGCAAUGGCGUUUGAUGUUAGAUGA